GCAUUUAUAUAAAGAAAACAGUAUGUAUUAGCGUGAUUCUACAGUUUUAAAGUGUGUACGUUUUUAUUAUAGAAAUCUAAACAGCACCACUCAGCGUCCAAAGCAGUAAUGGAACAUUUAAAAAAAAUGUUUUUUUAGGUUGUUAAAAAAAUCAUCUGGAGGAAAAAGUACUAAAGGUAUCUUGAGGUGGGGACAAUGAAUCGGAAUGCCUGCAAAACAUUGAUAAGAGAACGGAAAUGAAAUAAAUGAAAGGGAGAACGAAGAAAGUCGGCCACAAAGUGCAUGCCUUCAACCCCCGUAAGAAUUCUGUCUGAUUUCACUAGUCUGCAAAAAUUCAGGGAGAAAAAUAAAGCCUGCGAGGGAGAAUUUUUCCUUUGUACGACUGUUUGGAUGGGACCCUGCAAGUGGUACACAGGAAAAGUAUUGUGUUAGCACUGGAGUGAACGUUUGAGCUCUGCUUUUUAACUGGCCUAAGUGAACAGAGCUGACAUUUUCAGGCCCGCUUGUUUUUUCAAUGAAAAUGUUUCAGACAGUUCCAGACACCUCGUCUUACGUCAAGGAGGCAUUGUCGGUGGUGAGUGACGACCAGUCUUUGUUUGAGCCCCCCUACGCCGCUGCCCAGUUGCCCAAGCCAGACAUGACCGCCUCAGGAACCCAGGACUAUGUGCAACCCCACAAGAUCACCCCCUUACCCCCCCAGCAAGAAUGGAUACACCAGCCGGUCCGAGUCAACGUCAAGCGGGAGUACGAUCACAUGAACGGCUCCAGGGCAUCCCCCGUCGACUGCAGUCUCAGCAAAUGCAGUAAACUGGUUGGAGGGACGGAUGCGGCACAGAUGAGUUACGGCAGUUACAUGGACGAGAAGAAUGGGCCCCCACCUCCUAACAUGACCACAAACGAGAGGCGAGUCAUAGUUCCUGCAGAUCCAUCUUUGUGGUCGCAAGAUCACGUCCGACAGUGGCUGGAGUGGGCUAUCAAAGAGUACGGACUGCUAGAGAUCGACACAUCGCUGUUCCAGAGCACAGACGGGAAGGAGCUCUGUAAAAUGAACAAGGAAGACUUUCUGAGGAUCACGUCAGUGUACAACGCAGAGGUCCUGCUCUCACAUCUCAAUUACCUCAGGGAAAGCAGCUCCUCGUUGUCCUACAACGCCCCGUCUCACACUGAACAGUCCCCACGCCUGGCAGUCAAGGAAGAUCCCUCCUAUGAGUCAGUGAGGCGACCGCCGGGGUGGACUAACAGCAUGCACAGUGUAAAAGGCUCUCCAGCAGUCACACAGAACGUUUCCAAGAGCUCUGAGCAGCAGAGACCACAGCCAGAUCCCUACCAGAUUCUGGGUCCCACUAGCAGUCGAUUAGCAAACCCAGGUAAGACAAGGAGUGGGCAGAUCCAGCUGUGGCAGUUCCUGCUGGAGCUCCUGUCGGACAGCUCCAACGCCGGAUGCAUCACCUGGGAGGGGACCAACGGGGAGUUCAAGAUGACGGACCCGGACGAGGUGGCGCGUCGCUGGGGGGAGCGCAAGAGCAAGCCCAACAUGAACUACGACAAGCUGAGCCGCGCCCUGCGCUACUACUACGACAAGAACAUCAUGACCAAGGUGCACGGCAAGCGCUACGCCUACAAGUUCGAUUUCCACGGCAUCGCCCAGGCCCUGCAGCCACACCCCACCGAGUCCUCCAUGUACAAGUACCCCUCGGACCUGGCCUACAUGCCUUCCUAUCACGCCCACCAGCAGAAGGUGAACUUUGUCUCCCCACACCCUUCCUCCAUGCCCGUCACCUCCUCCAGUUUCUUUGGCGCGGCUGCCCCCUACUGGAGCUCCCCAGCUGGAGGGAUCUACCCCAACCCCAAUGUGCCUCGGCACCCCAACACCCACGUUCCGUCCCACCUGGGCAGCUACUACUAGUGCUGUUCGGACCUGCACUCAAUCCUGGAUUCCUCUUCUGGAAAAUCUUUGAACUUGUGAACAAAAAAAAAAAAAAAUGAAAAAAAAAACUGGAUUAAUCGUUCACUUAGAAAUGGAAUACUACUUAUUCACCUGUAGAGCGGUUGUUUUAUGUUUUGUGUGUGUGUGUGUUUUUGUGCUCUUCUGGACUGGAUCUUGGGCCAGUAGCAAUGGUUUUCAGGAACUCUUCAGUAUUACACAGACUGGUGAAGGUGAUCGCUGGGCACUCUCGUUGAUCAUCCCAAGACAUGGACCCAACUGCAAAGGGUCUCAAGCAGGACCAAGUGCUGUAACUCCUUAGAUAGUAAUAGCCAUCUACAUGAACCUAUACCUUUCAAUGGGAAGAUCUAAGAUUUUCAAUCGUCUUACAUACUUCUUUGCAUGGAAUUCUAGAGGGCAUCUCAGUGAAGUUUGGUUGGCAACUGGAAGACUUAAUCUUUUUUUUUUUUUUUUAAUACUGAGGUGUCAUCCAAACUGGAAUUUUCAAAACCAGCAAAGGAAACAUCUCCAGAGGCUAUGAAACACCGUCAUAAGAACAUACGAACCAUUGGUCUUCAAUGUUCUGAACCCAGAUCUUUAUGGCACAUGUCCUAGGCUCCAUGAAGUAUCCUCUUCUAUUUAGCCUUCAAGGACUGUGUUCCAGGAUUGUGUUCUAAAGCAACCUGUGUUCUGGAACCCACUCCAGAACACAAGCCUUUUGAAGUCUGCAAUGAUACUGAUGGCAUUCUAGACCUUUCACUGGAGAUCUCCGACUCUCCAUCUGAUUCUUGACCUCCGCUCAUGUUCUUAAUCUUAAACACUUUCCAAGACGGAGUGAACUUUCUUAGGAAGAGGAUUCCUCAAAAGGACUACGAUGCCAAGUACGGACAUCAGGCCAUGAACCGUUGAAGCUAAAUAAGUUACUAAAUAAAUAACUAAAUGAAAUAAAAGCAAAAAAAACAUGAGGCUGAAAAAGAAGUCUUCAGAUUCGCGAGCGCUGUGCGUUUGUCAGACCUAUUUUUUUUUUUUUUUUGUUAAAACAUUGGUCAACCACGCGUUAAAGCAAUUUACUGUAUAAAUUAUGCAGAGUUAUUUUCAUAUGUUACACAGUAUUAAAAGAAAAUUAAAUAAACGAGUUGACCUCGGUCACAAAUGCAAUUUUUACUAUCAAAAAAAAUAAAUAAAUCCAUUUUUUAAAACAAAUUUGUACAUCUUUUUGUUUUGUUUUUGUUAAUCUGUACAUUUGGGCUAUAGCUUUUACCGAAUUGUAAAGAAUAUAGAUGAUGAUACAGGAUGCAUUAUUAUCAGUAUUGUGCAGUGGAACCUAAUCAUUAUGUCCCAUCCUUUACAAGCCUCCCCUCCCCCAAAAUUAAAAUAUGCCAAAACCAUUACGAACCAUAAUUCCAAAUUGACAAUCAUUUUUAAGGUAGAAUUUUUCUCCCACUCGCUUGCUCUUCAAGGGCACCAUUCCCUAACUUAAAGCUUCCCAUUCCUCCUUAAAUUCCCUCCCAUUGCCGCGACAUUCUAAAUACGUAGCAUUACAUGAAUAAUUCCCCUCCCUCAUGUUAAGAUGGGGUUAUUCGCUACUUAUAUAUGCAAUGUACUUUUUGGAUAAUAAAUAUAUAUAAUUUUGCAAGUAAUCUUUUUUUUGUCAUUGUUGUUCUUGCAAUGUAUGAAGUAUAACGCCCACCUGUUGUAAAAGGGCUACGCUGUAAAGAAAAAAAAAAUGUGACAAAAUAAAAAAUGUUUUUUUGUUUUCUUCUAAA